AUGGCAGACCAGGGCAGCGUGGAGAAGUACCUGGAAAACAACCCCCAGUUCGCCAAAGAGUACUUUGACAAGAAGCUGCGCGCCGAGGCCCUGACCGCCGCCUUCUCCACGACUCUAGAUGUCAAAGACACCGCUUCCUUCAAGGAUAUUAACUCCGUGCAGGAGGCCGCCCUCAUCUUCGAGCUGAUCCAGGAGCUGCAGAAGCCGGGGGAAGUGGAGAAGCCCCUGCACAAGGUGCUGCAGAGGAUCGCCAUGAUCCUGCAGGCGGACAGGGUCAGCUAUUACAUGUGCCGCUCUCGAAACGGAAUACCCGAGCUCGCCACCUCGCUCUUUGACGUGACCCCAACCUCCAAGUACGAGGUCAACCUGGUGCAUCCGCAGGGGGAGAUCGUGUUCCCCCUGGACAUGGGCAUCGUCGGGUUCACCGCGCACUGCAAAAAGCCCCAAAAUGUAGCUGACGUCUCAAAGAAUUCAAAGUUCUGUGACUUUGUGGACAAGCAGACUGGAUACAAGACCAAGUGCAUGCUCACGUACCCUCUCGUGGUGGAGAAGGAUUGUCUCGGAGUCGUCAUGGUGCUGAACAAAAUAGGAGCCGAUAAGUUCACCCCCGAGGACGAGGCUCUCUUCCACAAAUACAUGAACUUUACCCAAGUCAUCGCCCUGCAGCACCACACAACCUACAUGUUCAACGUGGAGUCCAGGAGGAGCCAGGUGCUGCUCUGGUCGGCCAGUAAAGUGUUUGAGGAGCUGACGGACAUUGAGAGACAGUUCCACAAAGCGCUCUACACUGUUAGGAUCUAUCUAAAUUGUGAGCGAUACUCGGUGGGCCUGUUGGACAUGACCAAAGAGAAGGAAUUCUAUGAUGAAUGGCCGGUGAAACUGGGAGACGUGGAACCCUACAAAGGUCCAAAGACACCAGACGGCAGGGAAGUCAUCUUUUACAAGAUCAUCGACUACCUCCUGGAAGGCAAAGAGGAAAUCAAAGUCAUACCUGGUCCACCUGCAGAUCACUGGGCUUUAGUCAGCGGGCUGCCGUCCUACGUGGCAGAGAAUGGCUUCAUUUGCAACAUGAUGAACGUGGCUGCGGACGACUUCUUCACUUUCCAGAAAGAGGCAGUGGACGACACAGGCUUCGUCAUCAAGAACGUCCUGUCGCUGCCCAUCGUCAACAAGAAGGAAGAGAUCGUGGGCAUCGCCACUUUCUACAACCGGAAAGAUGGCAAACCGUUUGACGAGCACGAUGAACAGAUCACCGAGGCCUUGACCCAGUUCCUCGGCUGGUCCGUGCUGGUCUGCGACACCUACGACCGGCUGAACCGAAUGGAGUACAGGAAAGACAUCGCCCAGGAGAUGCUCAUGUACCAGACCAAAUGCACCCCCGACGAGAUGCAGUCCAUUCUGAACACCAAAGAAAAGUUCGACUCGGAGCCUGAAGACUGCGACCAGAAGGAGAUGUACAAACUUCUGAGGGCGACCUGCCCGGUGGCCAACAACGUCAACGGGGAGGAUCUGUACAAGUUCUCCUUCAGCGACUUCCCCGUGUCCGAGCACGGCCUCAUCAAAGCCGGCAUCCGCAUGUUCUUCGAGCUCGGAGUGGUCGAGAAGUUUAAAGUCCCCGCGGAGACGCUGACGAGGUGGAUGUACACAGUGAGGAAGGGUUACCGCUCCAUCACCUACCACAACUGGAGGCACGGCUUCAACGUGGGCCACACCAUGUUCUGCCUGCUCCAGACAGGGAAGCUGAGGAAGUACUACUCUGAUCUAGAUGCCUUUGCCAUGGUGGCUGCCGCUUUCUGCCACGAUAUCGACCACAGAGGAACCAACAACCUCUACCAGACCAAGAGCCAACAUCCUCUGGCCAAACUUCACGGCUCCUCCAUCAUGGAGAGGCACCACCUGGAGUACAGCAAGACCCUCAUGGCAGAGGAGAGCCUGAACAUCUUCAGCGGCCUCCAGAAGCGUCAGUUUGAGACCGUGCAGCACUUGUUUGACGUCUGCAUCAUCGCCACGGAUCUGGCCCUGUACUUCAAGAAGAGAACCAUGUUCCAGAACAUCGUGAACGCCACCGAGCCGAUGGCGGAGGAAAAGGAGGCCAUAGCCUACGUCUCCAACAACGCCAUCAGGAAGGAAAUCAUCAUGGCCAUGAUGAUGACAGGCUGCGACUUGUCAGCUAUCACCAAACCCUGGGAGGUUCAGAGCAAGGUGGCGCUGAUGGUCGCUGCUGAGUUCUGGGAACAGGGCGAUUUGGAGAGAAGUGUUUUGGACCAACAGCCAAUCCCCAUGAUGGACAGAAACUGUGCCGAGCAGCUUCCCAAGAUGCAGUGCGGUUUCAUCGACUUCGUGUGCUCCUUUGUAUACAAGGAGUUCUCCAGGUUUCACAAAGAGAUCCAGCCCAUGUUUGACGGCCUGAACCACAACAGGGCACAAUGGAACGCGCAGGCCGAGGUGUACAACGCCAAGAUGAAGGCCAUCGAGGACAAGAAGAAAGCACUGGAAGACGAGGAAGCCAGGAAAUCCGGUGACGGAGGGAAGUCAAAGACCUGCACCAUCUGCUGAACCCCUCCAGCGCUUGGAUCUGGACUCCUGCGAUCUGGUUAGGACUCCUCUAGGCUGCGCUAGCCUAUGAUUCUGGUCUGACGGGUCAUCUAGUUGGAUCUGUGCGAGGCUAGUUCGGUCUUGUCUGAUCUACUUCAGCUGUAGUUCUCUCUGGUUAGGUGCCGUCCGCCUUGGUGCAGUCCAGCCCUGUGUGGUCUGGUCUGGAUUCAGUCUAGGCGAAACCCUGGUCUAGUGUAGUCAGGUCUGGAUCUACCGUCCAGUCUGGAGUAGGCGAGUUUAACCAUUCUCAGAGGAGAGUCAGAAACAUCACUGAGAAGUAUUGCUGGGACUCUGGCUACAAGUGAAACCGUCUCCACGCUGAAGACGUCUUUUGAAACUUUCUCCUUCCUCUGCUUCCUGCAGCCAUGAACAUUUGUAAAAACUACAUCAUACACGGACAACAUAUAUUCCCCCUUUAAAAUAUCAAUAAUAGAAACAAAGCUCAUAAAAACUGUAUUGAAAUGCUCCAAAUCAGGCUCAACUAUUGGCUAAUUGUCGCACUGUAGGUUGCAUAAUGAACAGGCCAUGCAACAGUUUAAAUAGCACGGGUAGCAUCUGAAGGAAAAUGAAAUGUAUAUAGUGAACACCGAGAAAACGAAGGGAAGCUUUGAAUCGAAAGGAUCUGUCAACCAGGGCUGAUGUUUUCUUACCUCAGAGGCCCCCUGAUGAGCUGCGUGAGGGUCUAUUUAUAUUUAAUAUGCAAUCUAUCUACAGUAUAUACACCUUUUAUUUUUUUGGAUUGUGUGUCUGAUUUUGUACUUGAACCGUCGUCUUGGCCGGAAGAGUUAGAGACGAGCUUCUCAGGAUUAAUCUGUCAAAUAAAUCACAGCCAGGCAUCGAGAACAUAGGUUUUGAAUUUUAUCGCCAGCUUUGACACCGGCGCUGUUUUAUUUGUUACCAACGAACUGUAAAAGAAAAAUAAUGGAAAUUAAUAUACAGAGAAUAUUUACACCAAUGUUUAGAGCAAACGUACGACUGUGGGCUCGUACUCCCGGGGUCACGAAAUGAUUUUCUUUUAAACGUUCUUUGAUUUGUAUAUAGUUUACGACAUAGUGAUUGUAAAAUGUAAAAAGUUACUAAUAAUUGAAGAAUAAAAAAAAAAAAUUGGAUUUGAAGG